AUGUCGGCGAGCCCCUCCAUACCCGCCACGCGGGUUCUCGCCGUCGCCAGCCAUGUAGUGUCAGGGUACGUCGGCAACAAGAUCGCCGUCUUCGUCCUCCAGUCGCUGGGAUGCGACGUCGCCGCCCUCAACACGGUGCAGUUCAGCAACCACACGGGAUAUCGGCAAUGGACCGGCACAAAGGUCUCGGCCAAGGAAAUCACCGACCUGUAUGACGGGCUGCGGCAGUCGUACCUCGACGACUUCGACAUGAUGCUCUCGGGCUACAUCCCCGGCGCCGAGGCCGUCGUCGCCGUCGGCAACAUCGCCAAGGAGCUCAAGGUCAAGAACCGCGACGCGCCCGGCCGCUUCUUCUGGGUCCUCGACCCCGUCAUGGGCGACAACGGCAAGAUCUACGUCGCCGAGGACGUCGUCCCCGCGUACAAGUCCCUGCUGCCAUACGCGGACCUCAUCUUGCCGAACCAGUUUGAGGCCGAACUCCUGUCCGAGGUCAAAAUCACCGACAUGGAUAGCCUCUCGCGCGCCAUCCAGGCCCUGCACGACAAGUACCACAUCCCGCACGUCGUCAUCACAUCCGUGCGCCUCUCCGCGCCCGACCACCCGCCCGACCACCUCUGCGUCGUCGGCUCCAGCAUGGACUCGCGCGGCCAGGCCCGCCUCUUCAAGAUCGUCUUCCCCUCCAUCGACUGCUACUUCUGCGGCACGGGCGACAUGUUCGGCGCGCUCAUCACGUCGCGCAUGCGCGAGGCCGUCGCCACCGCCGCCGACGCCGACCUCGGCGCCCGCGCCAGCUGGCUCAGCGGCGACGACGUGCCCGCCCUGGAGCUGCCUCUCGCCCGCGCCACCGAAAAGGUACUCGCCAGCAUGCACGAGGUGCUGUCCCGCACGCGCGACGGCAUGCCCGCCGUGGUGGAGCGCACGCGCGCCGCCAUGACGGACGGGGACCGCGCCGACGAGUCCAAGGCGCACUACGUCAAGACCAAGGCCGCGGAGCUGCAGCUGGUACGGAACCUCGACUGCCUGCGUGCGCCGGCCACGGAAUUUAGAGCCAAGGCGAUAUAG